AUGGCGGCAUUUACUAAAACUGCCUGGGCAAAAAUCAGAGAUGGAUUCGAAUCAACAAAUAGAUCAUCGACAUCAAAUAGAACUUCAAAUGCACCGGCUCCACCAUAUGCAUCUAGAACAUAUACAUUCAAUGGAGAUGUAAUUAUAGACGCCAAUCGACAUGAUCCAUCUGUCAAUGUAAUAUCAUCAUCAGCUGAACCGCAUCGUCCACUAUUUACUGUUGGUAUUGGAUUAUUUGACGUUAUUAUGCUUAUAAUCAUGUAUAUUGUACAACGAGGAACACAUUUAACAUCAGAUACAUGGAUUAAAAUGGGUGGAAAAUAUGUGCCUUGUAUGAAACGAGUUGCGAGUAGUUCCGGAUAUAAAUCUCAAUGUUAUGCAUUUCUAUUUCCUUAUCAAAUUUAUCGAUUUUUUACACCAAUGUUUCUUCAUGGUGGUGUAACUCAUCUUUUAAAUAAUCUUGUUUAUCAAGCAUUAGUUGGAUCUUUACUGGAAAGAAAAUAUGGUACAAAAACAUUUGCUAUAUGUUAUAUAUUAUUUGGGUUCAGUGGAAAUGUAAUGAGUGCUUUGAUUGCACCAAAAAAUGUAUCUGUGGGCGCAUCUGGUGCUGUUUAUGGUUUAUUAUUCUUUUGUAUCAUUGAUAAUACUUUGCGUAUAUUUACAAUAAAAAAUUUACAAGACAAAAUUAUACAAUUUUUAAUUAUGCUAUUGGUUAUUCCAUAUUUUAUAAUGAGUGUAUUUCUCGAUGUGGAUUUUUCUGGUCGUAUUGAUCAUGCUGCACAUGGUGGUGGUGCAUUGAUGGGAAUAUUAGUAGCUAUGUUUUUAUGUGAAAUGCCAGAAUUUAUUACAAGUCGAGUGCCUAAUGGAGAAAGACGAAUUCAACUAAUUGCAUUGAUUGCAAUUGUUGGUUACUUUUGCAUCUCAUUACUUAUCUUUUAUCUAAUAUAA